AUGGAGGAUAUGACGGUCAUGAAAGAGGACGAACCACAUGAAGAAGAAGAAAUAUCCGAUAAGUUUCUCUGCCGCGUCUGUCUGGAACUUCUUUACAAACCAAUUGUCAUAUUGUGUGGUCAUCUAUCGUAUUUCUGGUGCGUACAUAGCUCCAUGAGUGGUCUGCGUGUCUCUCAUUGUCCCAUCUGUAGAGACCCUUAUCUUCACUUCCCCACUGUCUGCCAAAAGGUUCAUUUCCUCCUGAAAAAGUUAUACCCAAUUGCCCAUAACAAGAGGGAAGCACAACUUCUAAGUUACCUUUUCUUUGGGACUAAGAAGAAGGACAUAGAAGAGCCUGCAAGUAAAGAGAUUGCUGCUAAAUCAGAUUCAGUCGCAGCUCCUCUUACCAUUGAAGAGCCUGCAAGUGAAGAGAUUGCUUAACUUGAGCCUGCAACUCGACAUCAAGAAAGCUCUUGAAGGUUUAAUGUGUUGAUCUUUCUCGACAUCAAAAAAGCUCUUGAAGGUUUAGUACUACAACUCAUAUUUUCUUGUCUAUCAUCAACACUACUACUGUUUUUCUAACACUUUAGUUUCACUCUUGAUAUGUCUAUAUAUUCCUAAGAACUCCUAAUUAAAGAAUACCAUUGCAC